CAACAAGUUAGCGGCAGUAUGGCGGAUCGCAUUGAAUGAAUCGCUCUGUUGAUAGCGAGUGAAAGAAGUCACAAGACUGGACGGCACCAUGGAUAGAGCUGCAAUAAAUAAUUUGGGAAUUCUCGCAGAAGAGGAAGAUGAAGAAAGUGUCAUCGGAAGAUCAGAAGAUGAGUCAGAUGUAGAGACCGAAUCAGAAGGUGAUGAUGAUGCAGAUGAAGGUGUGAGACGGGGAGAGCCAAACAAGUUUGAUGGUCUCUGUGAUGGAGUUCUUAAUGCCAUGGCUUUGGUUCAUGAAGCUCUUCAAGAUCUCCUGGACCUGAAAGAUGAAAUGUUACAGCAUUCGCUGCCUCCACCUUUGCUCAUUCAGUUGGCUAUGGUUAGUGGGAGAGUGUUUAGAAGCAUCAGUGAUUUGGGAAUGCCAGUUGGUGAGCUUGUGCGCCUUGUCCGAGUGUACUCCACACCAUGGGAAGAAAAAAGCACAGCUUUGAAAAAGCUCCAUGAAGACUAUGAGAGCAAACAAAGGCAGCUAAAUAUCGCCAUCAAGCGUUUGCAACUAGUGGAUUCUCAUUCAAAGAGAGUUGCCAGGGAGAAAAGGAUCAUGAACUGGGAAAAGUUGUUUUCCAAAAUGACCAGUGCCAAAGGUCAUGGCCGGCGAUGGAAGUUUCUCAUUGAAACUAUCAAGCAGAAAGCAAAACUGGGUCUUGAACAUGUUCAGGCUUACACAAAAGGUCUGGAAGAGUCGUCAGAGUCCGAAGAAGAGGAGGAGGAUGAGGCCACAGAGGCCGGUCCCACACUGGAGGCGGGAGAUGUUGAUGGCACCAGUGAAAACCCCGAGUCAGAAGCUCUGAACGGUGCUGAAGGAAGCAGAGGAGAUGAUGAUGAAGAGGAUAAUGAGGAUGGAGAGGGUGAUGAUGAUGAUAUGACUGAAGGGAAUCGAGGUGAUGAAGGAGAAGAAGGUUCAGAGUCAAGAGCAAGCGGAGACACAGGUGAUUCUGAGGGGGCGGCGAGCGAUGAUGUCCCAACAGUCACUGUUCUCAUCGGACCCGGGGAUGAUAUAGAUAUUGAAGGUUCUGGAAGUCGAUCAGCAUCCCCUAAAAAAGUACGUUUUGAAGAUUCAUUUGCCCGGCCGAUGACUAUCCGACCUCCUAUGAGGGAUGCAGAUGCUUGGACGGGUCAACCAGAUUAUGACCGCUCUCUUUUUGUUCGUAUCUACUGCCCUGAGGGUCUCGAAGAAAGUGAGCUGAAGUGCUCAUUGUCCUACGAGGGUCAAAUGUUUAAAACACCUAUACUUGAUGGCCCAGAGGAAGAGGGUCUGGAUGCGGACAGCCCAGAAGUUGAGGAGGAGCGACCCAGCAAAAGACCUCAAGCUGCCAGGAAGGGCGAUGAGAGAUCAAAUCCUGAUGCUUCCCAGUCUGACCAAGGGUCAAGCAAGAGCAAAGCCAAACAGAAAAGGUUUUACGAGUAUGAGAUUCCAUUGCCUGAUGAAGUCAAGGAGGGGAUUGUCAUCUAUGGAGAGAAACCUCCACCAGAGCCGGAGAACCUGCGUAUUACUGUACAUCAGGGGCAGUUUGAGGAAAUAAUUGCUAUGGCAACCAUAGACUUCAAAGAUAUUAAGGAGUUGACUCUGGAGACAGUAUUGCUCCCCCCGCCACACGGUGAUGAUGAAGUUAUAAAAGACAAGUCCAGGGCUAACUCUGUCAGUGCCUUGUCCAGCCUGGACGGUGAGUCUCUCUCCGACUCUAUGGAUAUUCCCAUCAUGAUGGAUGACGGGCCAGACCAGCUGACCGCCUCCACACCUCGCGAGGACCUGGUCAAGAACAGUGAACCGCUGCCCUUCCCACUGUACUCCCUGCAUGCUGGCAAAUCAGAUGCGGUUCACAUGCCCUGUGGGAAUGUUCCUCUGCUCAUGUACUGGGGCAAGAAAGAGCGGCCACUGCACUUUAACAGGCAGUGUGGCACACUGGGUGUGUAUGACCUGGUGUUUGAUGUGACCGGCUUUGACAUGACCACCACCACGAAGGAGGAUCUGCACAAGGAGAUGGUGGACGAGGCUCUGUCUGUCGUGGCCUUCACCCCUGAGGCCCAGGAGCCCCCAAAUUCUGAGGACAAAUCUUUCUUAGUUGUUGAAGAGACUGUUCUCAAGUCAGAAUAUGAUGACAUGAUGAAGAGACACGAGGAUGACAUCAUCUACAUACAGGAGGAAUAUGAAAAGCGUCUGAAUGAUCUCAUGCAAAGCCUACAGGAAAUGCAAAGUCAGGGAGGUCAGGGGACACAUGUGCCGUUGCCGCAACAGCGACCUAUUUCCGUGGCCUCUCGAGUGAGCUCCACUCCAGGGGGUCCCCCACUGACGCCGAAACGUUCGGAACGCUCUGAGCAUUCUUCAUACGGGCGUAUCAGCACGGGGCCCCUGCCAGUGAGUCAACAGAGCUUGCGGCCUAUCAGUCGAGACAAGACCAUGUCGGAUGUAGACAGAGAGAGAACUUUAGUUUCUCAAGACACCGUCAACCACCCUCUUAGGCCAAUCCCUCCAAAAUCUCAGAAGUUGACCAAGAACUUCAGAAUUGGACGACCGCUGCCGAAGUGGGGUGAACAUUUACCUCAGGACUUCCUGGAGCGGCUGCGUCAGUGGGAGGAGGAGACGAAGCAGCACCGCCAGGAGCUCAACGAGAAGACACUCAAGGACAUCAAAGACAACCUGGAGAAGAAGCUGGCCGGACAGCACAAGCUGAGCAAGAAUGAGGAACAGAUCUACGAUGCUCUCAAAGAUGUGAGUCUACCUGCUCUGUUUAUGCCCUACAAGAGUGGGAACAUCUACAACCCCAGAGCACACCAGUACUUCCACCCUACAGGAGCCACAGAUGUCAGGUUAACCCAGCCUCCGUCCGUCUUUCAGCUGCCCCCUCUACCUAACAGUAAAUUGUCCGUAGUAAACUUGUUUGAGCUCAGCAAAAACUUCCACAACCGCGGGCCAGCCUGGUUGGUGGAGCGCUACAUCCAGCAACAGCAGCCGGUGAACGAGGGCUACCCCCAGACCCCCGCUCCCACCUCAGCACUGCCGCAGGUCACCACCAACUCGGAGAGAACGCCCUUCAAUGACAACAUGGAGUCGCCAUCAACUCAGAGAAGUUUACAGAGAGAGCGUGAAGUGGAGUCUUGAGUCAUCUGGGUUUUGUUAGAGAACGGCCAAACAGUUUGUGAUAGAUCAUUCCAUUUGUUACUGAACCAAUCCUGUUUUUAAUUAAGCCAUAACAAAAGAGUUCUAUUUCUACCUUCACCAAAUGUCAAAUCCGUUUUGGUGCUGUUGUUUUUUUUAAAUUUUAUGCUGCUUUGAGCUCCACGCCAGUGAUGUUUGAUAACGUUGUAUCAAUACACAAUUUGUAUGUUCCAUUCAAAAGAGUAAGUGUAACAAAUAAGGCACGCACACAUAAUAGGAACACAUUUUCAAAUUAGUGGAUGUGAUGUACUUGUUUUCGUUUCGCAUGCUGUAAACAAAUUCCCCGUUCAUUCCAAACACGUAGGCCCUACUAAGUUUUCAUCUGACAUUAUAUGCCCCAUGGAAAGUCGGUUGCUCAAACAUGUUUGUGUAGCUCAAAUAAGAUAGCAGCCAUGUUUUGGCUGUGACAUUUACCUCAUAGAGUACCGAGAUACAAAUAUGUAUGUGCAUGUACCUUGGUGCCGGCCCUUGGCGUUUGUCUUUCGAGAGUUGAUUUAUCUGUCGAUGCUUUUCUCCUCAAUGGCAAUAAAGUUUCAUUGUACAUUGUUCAU